GUUAUUGCAAUCCUCUUGACGAGUGGUCACUGUGAGAGCUAGAGAUGUCUGAAAGAAAACGGGAAGGGAAAUUAUAUUUUUCCUUGAUCUUUAACUAACUUGCUAGCUAUUCCAAGUGGUAUUUAGAUAGCUAUUCCGGUUUCAUGUUAUUGUUUUUAUGGGUAUGAAAACGUCCAGACAAAGAGAAACAGAACGUGAAGCUCCGUUUUGCUUAAUCACCCUUCUGUUACCAAAAGCAGAUCAUAUGGAAGAAGGGGCACAUUGAGGGAGCUCACACAAGCAAGACCUGCAUUCUCAAGUUUGCGGUAUAUACUGGGAUGAUUAUUCUCUUCAUAAGUGGAUAAAAUGCCCUGACUUCCAUGCAAUGGAGGGUUUAAGCUUCUCUAUGGGUUCAGUGGUGAUUCCCAAGACCUUGCUGCGCAUUCAAUGCUUUGGUGCAGCGGUCCUGGGGCUGAUCGUGUUGGUUACGAUGAUCACAGCAGCUUCACCUGCAGCAGUGGACUGUUCUUCGUUGGAUCCCACCGUGUUGGAUGAGUUUCGGGAAGAAGCACCAAGCUGGACUGAAUCACCCUCAGCCUUAUUUGUUUCACACACUGAGGCCUCUGAGCACCCAGAUGACACUACAACUACAGCUCUCCCUUCACCUGGUCACCUACCACCUGAAUCUACACUAACACUUACUCAAUGGGGUAUUUCAGCUUCUCAAAACUCCAAAUCAUUGACUUCUAGAGAUCCCCUCCCCAUUGGUCCAGACCCUCUCUCCACUCCCACUUUAAGCUCCUCAGAGCCUGUGGUUGGCCUUCAGCAACAACCUAAAGGCCCUACCAGACUUUCAAGGGAGCUGAAGCUCUAUGGUCCUGACUCAACCAUGGCAAUUUUCUCUCCAACCCUUGUUACAGUACCACACCAGAAACCUCUCGGACCACAGUCCAACAAAUCCACAACACCCUUGAACUUCUCUACAGCCACCAGUUGGACUACAUUGGUACAGUUCAUUGUCCCAAACUCUAAUGAGAGAGCUCCAGAUGAACCUCCAUUAUUAUCCCCCAGCAACCAGCAAGACGCAUCAAAACAGACAACCCCUGCAUUUAUGACAUCACUUCCUGUUGGACCCCUCGGCCAGCCUAGACCGCCUGUUGACGAUCUGGUAGAUGUGGAAGCCCAGUCAGACCAAGCCAGGCCAGAGUCUAAACCUAAUCCAGACAUGUCCCAGAGUUUAAGCGAUCUCUUGCUGGUUCCCAAACUGCCCCUUGAUCCCUCAAGUAGGUUAAUCUAUCUGGAUCAACUUCGUCCCAGCAGUGAGCUCAUGCAGAAGGGCGAUGCUGCUCAGGAUAUCCACAUGCUCCCGAAACCAUCACCUGAGAUGCAGCUGGCUCCCAGCUACGUGCCUUUUCUGAACCCUCACACCACGUCAUUCUCGUCCGAGCCCACCAUGGUCCCUCCUGAGGACUUCUUCCCCACCAACACCAUGGUGGUGGAUUGGGGCUCCGGAGACUACCCGGAGACUGCGUCCUACAUGGGCUUGGAAAGGGACGACUUCUCCCUGGUCACCAAUCUGCCCACGGACAUGUACGACCUGGAGGACUCCAACGCGGAAAGCUACGACACCUCCUUCCCCUCCAGGGUCGGCGUGUCCUUCUCCUCGAUGCGUCACAUGACAUCUUCACUUAGUCUCACAACAGCGGCUUACAGCUCUAGCGUCGGAAGUGUGGCCCCCACGUCCGUUCCUCUCCCCAUCCAUCCCUCUCCCAGUCACCCCACGCUAGCCUCAACACAAAUACCAACACCUCAAGGGGAUUUACCAGGAGGUUCAGAUGUUGACUGGACAGAUACCUUUAUGGUUGAACCAACAGACCUCCUCUUACCAGACAUGAAUAGCCUGGAGUACUACACCAUCCAGCUGACCAAGGAUGACUCAGAAGAACACAGGGGCACUAACGUGACCACCACCUCCAGGCAUUUCUCACUGAUGUCCAUCAGCACCACGCACAUCGUGGCCACCAGCACCUUCACUGUGGACCUCAGCCACAUGCUUACAGCCUUCUAUGGAGUGGAUGGAGUGGAGGUCCAGCCUUCUGAUAACACUUCCUGGAUCGAAGAGUCCUCCACUGAUAUCUCCAGCUCAGAGCCUCUGAAUACGACCAUAGCAAACACUAUGGAGAUGACUCCGCUGAAUGUCUCAGUGCCAUUCUUGGAGGCUUCAGUAGUGCCAACUCCCUCCAUGGACCUCUUGUCCUCCCUGUGGGGUGUCACUGAUCAGGUAUCCGGUGAAUGGACGAGCCCUGUGGCCACCUCCAGUGUCGGACUGGACAACAGCUCUGUCUUAGUGUCAGUGCAGCCUAGUGCUACUGCCUCGGAGACAGACAUCCUGUGGUACGUCUCUCCCUCCGCCACAGAGACGGCCCUCCUCAGCACCUCUCCCGUAACUCCUGUGGUGACCACCUCUAUCGCCUUCUCCCCAUUUCCCGGCCAGACAGAAUUACCCCCCAAUGUCACCUCAGGCCCGACAGAACCAGCCACCAAUGCCACCACCAUCCCCCCGGUGUCAGUCAUGGCUGACCAAGGCGUUGUUACUGAUAGUCCUGUCACAGCAGUGACCAAUGACAGCCAGACUACAGUUAGCGGUGUAGACAUUUCCACAACUGAUCCUGCCACCACCACCACCACUACUACUACCAGCAUCGCUACUGAGGCCUCUACAACCACCACUCUGGCCACCACCACUACCCUCCUAACUACUACUAAGAGCCCACCUACAACCAUAGGCCGCCAGUACCUCUGUAACGUCACCAAGCCUGUGUACUUUGUUGAAGUCGGUUUUCCGCCUGGGGCCACUGUUGGAUAUGCCAAAUCCCAGGUCCGAGAUGUCCUGAAGACAGAAUUCAAUAAGUCAGUUGAACUGCAGGUUGCUAAGAAUCCUCCAGACUUUGUGUUCCGGGCGGUGUCGGGUCCUGUGGUGUACACGGCCAUAUCAGUCAUCAACGCCCUGCGCCAAUCAAAUCGAGGCUUCCUGUCCAUCUCACACUACUGGAAGGUACCAGACCACCAGUACCAGGUCCACUCAGUGCUGCAGUUUGUGCCCAGGCACAUUGACGUGCGCGUCUGCAACUUCAGCGAGCGCAUUGAGAAAGGCCUGACCAUGGCGUAUGCCGAAGUGCGCCGGCGCUCACAGGAGUCCACAAACUUCACUGUGGAUAUUCUGAACAUCACCAUGAACCAGCCAAGUAGUCAGCAAAGGGAGCCGGUGGACGUGACCUUUGCGGUGCGUGGGGCCAUAGGCUACCUGAAGGGGUCAGAGGUCAGCAACCACCUGAGGCUGCUCAACAUGGUGGAAUUCAGCUACUACCUGGGCUUCCCCGUGCUGCAGAUCGCCGAGCCUUUCCACUACCCGGAGUUGAACACCACCCAGUUGCUUCGCUCGUCUUGGGUUAGAACAGUGUUGCUGGGUGUGCUGGAUCAGGGGGUGGACGAGCGGACCUUCCAGGCCAAGAUGGAACGUCGUGUGGCCCUGCUGCUAGGAGAAGUGCUGGGGGCGGCCAGGCGCACCAAGAGAGCCACCAGCGUGGCUAACCACAGUGUUCAGAUUGUGAGUACGACCAGGCUGGUGGGAGCGGAACACCCCCUGGAGAUGGUGUACUUUGUGGAGGGUCCCAGCGGGGAGCGGCAGCCUGCAAUCACUACAGCCAACCUGCUGAACCGUCUUGACGUGCAGAGGGCAGCCAUCAUACUGGGAUACAGAGUGGAGGGCAUCCUGGCUACACCUGUGGAGAAGGUGGCGGGCUACCCUCCCACGGACACGGAGAACACCAGCGUGUGGAUCAUUGUCGGCGUGGUGGUGCCGCUAGGUGUGGCCGUCGUCAUCAUCUCCAUCCUGUACUGGAAGCUGUGUCGCACCGACAAGCUGGAGUUCCAGCCCGACGCCAUGACCACUGUCCAGCAGAGACAGAAGCUCCAGGCUCCCAGUGUGAAGGGCUUUGACUUUGCCAAGCUGCACUUGGGCCAGCACAGUAAGGAUGACAUCAUGGUAAUCCAGGAGGCCGGCGCCCCCGGCCCUCCCCUGCCCAACCUCAGCUCCAAGGAAGCCGCAUCUGAGUACGGCGAGGUCCCCACCCCUAAGUCAAAGGGGACCUCCGUCUCCUCCACCAAGGCCUCCCGCAGCGCACGCAGACGAGGAAGGAUCUCUCCAUCGGACGGGGACUCCAUGGUGAGUGCUGGGUCCAGUGAUCGUGAGAGGGAGUCAGCCGAGGAGAACCUGAGAGCUAUCGCCAUGCCAAACGACAGCAAGCAGGCCCGCAAGAUCCCCAUCAAUGUUUUAAAUGGUCCUCCACCCAUGAACGGCCAUGAUGAGCAGCUGUCGUCGGCCUCCAUCUUCGAGCAUGUGGACCGCAUGUCCCGCUCGGCCGAUGACAGCCGCCGCUUGUCCAAUAAGAUCCAGCUGAUCGCCAUGCAGCCCAUGGCCUUCCCAGCCCGGCACCACGGUGCAACUGUCAACGGUAUCAAUGGUAGUGGGCAAGAAACACACAACAUCUUCAACAAGGAGACCCAGGUGGCGUUGAGGCACAAGUCUGAGAUCGAGCACCACCGGAACAAGAUCCGCCUGCGGGCCAAGAGGAAGGGUCACUAUGACUUCCCUGCCAUGGACGACCUGGUGGACAACGGUCUGACCACUGACCCCAAGGACCAGGACCGCAUCUACCACAAGGCCCAGAUGCAGAUCGACAAGAUCCUGGACCCCGACAUCCACAUGGCCUCGCUGUUCAUGGAGCCUAAAAAGAGUGGCAGGGGGAGGCGUUCUCCCAAGCAGAAGAAGAAGCACCAGCUGAACGGCAGCCUGACGGACGCAGACAAGGACCGCCUCAUCUCCAACGACAGCGACGGCACCUACAGGAAAUACCCUGGGGUCAACAACGUGGCCUAUGUGUCGGACCCUGACCAGGCCCCAGAGUCCGGGACCCCCUCCCCCAACGACGACGUCUUCCUGGGCCCCAACUCGCCCCCUCCGGGGCAUGCCCCUCCUCCGCCCCCCUACAUGCCCCCUCAGCCCUCCAUCGAGGAGGCCCGGCAGCAGAUGCACUCUCUGCUGGACGAUGCCUUUGCCCUGGUCUCCCCCAACUCCCAGGGCAGCACGGCCGGCCUCACCCAAACUGGUGUCAACUCCAACCUCCCCAGCUCCAGCCCCCCACCCCGCGGUGGAACCCGCCCCUGGGGCUCGUCUUACCCAGCACUCAGCCCCUUCUCCUCGAGAUACGCUGAGUUAGGAAUGUCCCCUCCUUCAGUCCAAGGCUUACUACAGCGACAGGGCCAGGGCUCCAGCUACCUGCCACCAGGUGACCCAGGACAUGUUGACCAGCUCCCCCCAGACAGCCACUAUUCCACCAGGGGCCUGUACACUGAAGACCUCCCCUUCUCAGCCAGGCCACGACCAGUAGGGGGCACCACAGGUGCCCAGCUCCAUCACCUGACCCAGAUGGGUCUUGGGAGCCGGAUCAACGGGGGGUACCCGGCGGGGAGCAGGGCCCCCAGACUGGAGACUGGAGGUUCAGGGUGGGGGCCAUACGCUGACGAUGACUUCAGACCCACCAGAGACCCUGUUCUUCUGGGCUACCCUGACUACUCCUCCUCCUCUAUGUUCCAGAUGCCUAGUAGAAGUGCACUAAGGGAGCCCUCAUCCCCCCUGGCCCACCUGGACACACACACAACCGGAUUCGGCUACACUCCAGAGGAGUCCUGCUCUCCCCCCAAUCACUCCUCUGCUUCCCUCAUCAAGGCCAUCAGGGAGGAGCUGCUGCGCCUCUCCCAGAAACAGCAAGCCGUGCCCAGCUACCACAGCUGAUCACAGAUGGCCUCCUCUGGUCCUCACUGAACCUUAACCUCUAAGUCUACAUCCACCAGUCAUACCACUGCCCCUGCCUGCCUGCUCCAACCUAGCAAUGCUUCCCAUGGAAGUUCCGUUGUACAGGAGGAGAAAGACAAGACCGUACUGUCUUGGGGCGGCAGGUAGCCUAGCGGCUAGAGCAUUGGGCCAGUAACCGAAAGGUUGCUGGUUUGAAUACCCGAGCCAACAAGGUAAAAAAAAUCUGCCGAUGUGCCCUUGAGCAAGGUACUUAACCCUCAUUUGCUCCAAGGGAGCCAUACUAAAAAUGGCUGACCCUGGAAAACAACACAUUUUAUUGCACCUAUCUGCUGGGCUGGGUAGAAUGAGGAGGUUGUUUCAUAUGCCAGCUGGUAGCGUAAGCAUGGCUAAAAUCAUAAUAUGAAUGAACUGUUCUCUAGGCUCUGGAUCUUAGCCUCUGGCUUUCUUAACCCAGACUGUCCUAUGGCAUACAGUAUACUGGACCAAAUGACCCUAGUGGUUAGAAGGAGAAGGUGAAUGGUCCCUUGUUCUCCAGCGUUGGCCAAGGUAUCUCUGCCUAAGCCUGGCCAUGACCGCUGAUCCUAGCCCCGUUUUUUAUUUGAGGUGUUGUUGCUUUCUUUUCUUUUGAAACCGCAUUCUAGACUCUCUGUGUGACGAUAAUAAGCAAUGUGGUUUGAUUCUCUCAUCCUGCCUUGACAUCCUAACAACAUUUUACCCUACAGUGGAAUUUCUCUACCAGUAGGACAUCUGUCAUUUCGGCUCAAACAUUGAUACCUAUGUUACCUUUAACAAUGAGGCAUCUUACCAUUACCAUGAGGUAUAUUUUAGUUUUUUGAAGAGCUUCUUACUUCUCCUCCAUCUUCCUUUGGUGCUUCUUUCUACGCUUUGUGUUUUCCGUCAUGAUAUUGAUAUGCGCAACUCUGUCAAAACACGCCCCCGGUGCAGGAUUACAUUGUUUUCCGCCACGAGCCACACAAUGCCUUGUGUUAUGACAGCGUGAGGGAGUUCAACGGUCUCCAUCUACUGUACAGCUCAAAUCAGAGUUCAGAGCAGACAACACUGGAUACAGACAGACAGAGACCUGCAAUAAACAGACUGCAGCAACUCCCAUGCAGAACUCUACCGAUGCAGUCGUGGAACCAGAGAUAUUUAAUGACUGAGCACUGCUAGGUUUAGUUUGUCACUCGCCCCACUCUACGUGAGCCUUGUUUAGAUUUUGUGUUGCUUCAGCACAAUGUCCACGUUUGUACUAAUAUAUCCAGGUUACUGAUGAUGCUACCGUAUUAAUAUUAAGACUCUUUAAAUACCCAUGUAUGGUAAACUACGCUCAACAAAAAUAUGAACGCAACAUGCAACAAUUUCAAAGAUUUUACUGAGUUACAGUUCAUAUAAGGAAAUCAGUCAAUUGAAAUAAAUUCAUUAGACCCUAA